AUGCCCGGCGGCAAAGGAAAGAGUGUUAGUGGCAAGGCCACAGGAGCUAAGGACUCCGGGUCCAAGAACCAGAAAUCUCACAGCGCAAAGGCUGGUCUGCAGUUCCCUUGCGGUCGUGUCAAGCGUUUCCUCAAGAACAACACUCAGAACAAGAUGCGUGUCGGCGCCAAAGCUGCCGUCUACGUCACUGCCGUCCUCGAGUACCUCACCGCCGAAGUCCUCGAACUGGCUGGCAACGCCGCCAAGGAUCUGAAGGUCAAGCGCAUUACGCCACGCCAUCUGCAGCUCGCCAUUCGCGGCGACGAGGAGCUCGACACACUCAUCCGCGCAACGAUCGCCUUCGGUGGUGUUCUCCCCCACAUCAACCGUGCUCUCCUCCUCAAGGUCGAGCAGAAGAAGAAGAACAAAGCUAUCGAAGCCUAG